CCACUACCACCACCCCUUACGGAGGAGGAGAGCCGGGCGCUUGUGGCCUCUACCUGCUUCUCAGCACCUGGCCAGCAAGCCCAGAGGUCUCCAUUCAAGGAAUAAGUUCUCCUCAGGGAGAUGGACCGGGUGACCAGAUACCCCAUUUUCAGCAGAUCCCACUCAAGCCGUAUCACUGGCCUGGCCCUCGAGGGAGACAACAGCUAUGCCAUUGAACUAGUGGGUGUGGGACCUGAGGCCAACAAUUGGGGCCUGGAUGCACCCCAGAUGUGGGACACUGACCGUGAGGCCCAGCUAAACAUGGGAAGGACAGGGGCAUCUUGCAGCAGGCUAGCCUCCAGCCAUCUGUCCCCUCGGCCCCUCUACCUGGAGGAAGAUGAUGACGAGGAAAUGAAGACUUACUACUUAGAUGCCAGUGAGACAGUCCUCAGACAGCCCCAGGACCUGGAGCAGGAGCGCUGGGCGGUCAUCCAAGGCCAAGCGGUCAAAAAGGGUGGUACAGUGGCCACGCUCUGGGGCACCGCAGACCGUGGGGGCUCCAGAUGCCCCAGUCAACCUCAGUCCCUUCCCCUGGAGGAGAAUUUGGUGGACAGUGAGCAGAUUGACUUUCUCGCAGCCAGACAACAGUUCCUGAGCCUGGAGCAGGCGACCCUGAACUCUGUCCCGCAGACUCCCCUAGGCAGGGCAGCCCCUCCCCGCACCACACCCGGGCACAGCCAGGCCCCCAAGGCCUUGAAUGGGCCCCGUGUAGCCAAUGGGCAUGUGGUCCCUGUCACACCCCAGGUGAAGGAGGGGGUCAAGGAGAAGAGGAGCCAUGGUUUGCCUGUGGAGCCCAGCCUCCGCAGCCCAGGCAGCCCUAGCUCCCAGAACCAGGUGCCAUCUCCAGAACCUUCCAAGGAGACCCCCAUCGAGCGUGAGAUCCGACUGGCCCAGGAGCGGGAGGCCGAUCUGCGGCAGCAGAGGGGCCUCCAGCGGGCAACCAGCCACCAAGAGCUGGUUCUGAUCCCCACCAGGCCAGUGCUGAGCAAGGUGAACCUGGUGGAGCCCCCACGGCGGGACAGGGGCCGCCCGUCUCUCUACGUCCAGCGGGACAUGGUGCAGGAGACGCAGCGUGAGGAAGACCACCGGAGAGAGGGGCUGCAAGUGGGUCGGGCCUCAACCCCCGAUUGGGUUUCUGAGGGUCCCCAGCUCGGACUCAGUAGAAGCUUCAGCUCAGACUCCAUCCUUGACCCUGUCCCCGAUGCCCGGGCAGCCGAUCAAGCUCCAGAAGUGAGAAAGGUCAAUCGAAUCCCACUGGAUGCCUACCAGCCAUACCUGGGAUCUGGGACACCCCAACAAGAAUUCUCAGCCUUCCGAGUGUACAGCAAGCUGGAUGGCCCCUCCACAGAAGAGGCCAAAGCAGCGGCCCCUCUGAAGGCUACAGGAUCUCCAAGGCACCGCUCAGAAUCUUCUGUCAAACCCUUGAGCACAAAGCAAGCACCCUCCAAGCCCCCACGGGGGUCCCUGAAAGUCAACAGGGGUGUGGUGCGAAGGGAGUACUUCCUUCUGCGUCCCCUGAGGUUCUGGGUCCCCGAUGUCCCCCAGCAGGCUGAGACACCCCAUGUCUGGGGCUGGGAGGUGGAUGGGGCCCCAGUUCUGAGGCUGCAGAGAUCUCAGUCAUCAGAUCUGCUGGAGAAGGAGGUGGAGAAUGUUCUGCGUCGUGAGAGGGAGGUGGCAGAGGAGCGGAGGAACGCCUUCUUCCCCGAGGUCUUCUCCCCAACACCAGCUGAAGACUUGGAGCAAGACUCCAGGAGCUCUUCCCGGGCGUCUGGUAUUACAGGUAGCUACUCGGUGUCAGAGUCCCCCUUGUUCACCCCCAUCCACCUGCACUCCGGCCUGGUGUGGACUGCGCAGGCCCCGACAGAGAGCGCUCCCGGGCAGAAGAAGAAGGAGCUGUGGUAUGCAGGCAUCAACCCCUCGGAUCGUGUCAACUCAGAGGUGCUGGGAGCCACGCGGGUGACACGUCACAAGAACGCCAUGGCGGAGCGCUGGGAGGCCCGUAUCUAUGCCAGCGAGGAAGAGGACUGA